AAACUCCACUCAAUUAAUCGACAAAAAUUCCAUCACAACAAUUAAUUCCUCACCUAAUUAUUUAAUCAAUUCCACUCUUAUCCAAUUCUACAGCAUGCCUUAUUUGCUGACUCAUCACUUUCCCCACGCCCAAACCGCCGCGCCGGAUCUCUCCAAACCGCCGCGCUCGGACUGCCCGAGGUGCGGCUCCGCGAAUACGAAAUUCUGCUACUACAACAACUACAACAAAUCGCAGCCGCGCCAUUUCUGCAAGGCGUGCAAGAGGCAUUGGACUAAAGGCGGCACCCUGCGUAACAUCCCCGCCGGCCGCCGCAGCCGGAAAAAGCGCCCAAUCCCUUCCGCGCCGCCGAAGCGGACGCAUCUCCUGAAUUCUCUCCCUGUCGCCAUCGAUCAGAGUGAUAUGUCAGAUAUUCUCUACCAAGCCCUAAUUCGAACCUCGUCUCCAACCUCUGCUGCUCAGGGUACAAUCCUGGAAAGCAAUGGUACAAGCACAACAUGCGGAGUACCUCAAAAUUAUACCAAUACAGAAGAGUUUGCGCUCUCGAGUUUUAAUUCCGCUCCGACCUCCGCUGAGAAUGGCGACUCCGCGGAGGAGUCGGCCGUCGCGAAUAGCGCGGCGGAGAUAUGGAAUUGGAAUGAGGUUGAUUUUUCAGAUAGUUUGUGGGAUCAUUCGAUGAUGGCAACGUACAAGUCUCAUUUCGAAGGGUAUUAUCCACGUUGAUUAAUUUGAUUUUUUAUACUAAUUAAUGGAUUGGUUUAACUAUGGAUAUUGUUAUUUUUUAUGUAUAGAAUAGUGGUGUGUGCAUUUGUAUCAUUGUAUUUGUGAGCUAUCAACAAAAUUGUGCAAUAUAAGAAUACGAAUUGAUCUA